AUGUCUUGUCACGAACAAUGGAAAAAUGGUCACCACUUUUUGGUGGCUGCCACGAAAAAAAUUGAACAUCUGUACGAGAUGCGCACUCCUUGGGACAACCAAUGGGGGACUUCAACGCCAUCUGGGAACUGGACGGGAAUCGUCGGGACGCUGCAGCACCAUAAGGGCGAUUUUUCCAUGAUGCUGUCGUGGAUGGAGCCUCGCUUGCCCGUGGUCGAUUAUUCUAGAAUCUACGCGUCCGAACCUUUGGUCAUGGUUACUUCGAAGCCUAAGCCAUUAUCACAGGCAUUCGCACUCGUCAGGCCCUUUGCAGGCAGCCUCUGGUUCGUAACAUUCGUCUCCACCGUGGUAGCUGGCCUGGUGCUGUGGCUGCUGCAGCUGUGGUGGUCCAAAAUGUCCGGCGGCAAGAAGCUGGAGUUCGGAGAUGCCACGCUGAUGACGUGGGGGAUUCUGCUCGAGGAUCCGCCGGAGAACAUCCCGCGCAAUGUCACGGCGCAGAUGCUCAUAGGGUGGUGGUGGGUGUACUGCAUGCUCAUCACGAUCACCUACAGGUCCUCUCUGGUCGCCCACCUCACAGUGCCGGGGAAGUCGCCCACGCUCGACUCUCUCGAAGACCUGCUGGCUGCCCACCGCAAGGCCAGUUGGACGUGGGGCUUCGAACCCACAUACGGCUCGGGCUGGGAGUGGCUCAAGAGCAACCAGAACCCCACCGUCAAGGAGAUCUUCAACAGCAUUAUGACUUGCAUAAACGUGAAAAAUGCAAAACCUGCCCACAUGAAUUUCAAACAUAAAUCAGAGAAGAGAAAAGAAAGUUCUCCAAAUAACGAGGCUCCAGGUCCCGAAAUGGCUUUUACACUUGUUUUCCAGGAAUUCGUACUUGAGUUAGAAGAACAGCUGUCCCGAGUGCUGAGCGGCCGCCACGCCUUCAUCACCUGGAAAUACUACAGCAGGUCCAUCAUCGGCUCCCACUACACGAACGACAGAGGCUACACCCCCUUGUACACCGCCCGCCAAGACUUCUUCAACUAUGGAGGCUACGGAUGGGGGUUCAGGAAAGGCGCGCCAUUCCGCCGGAGGUUCGACCAGAUGAAGCAGCGGCUGAUUGAAUCCGGCAGCAUCCCCUUCUGGCUUGACGACCUCAUCGAGACGUCGGCGAGGAAGACGAGGGCGAUGAAUAGGAAGAAGGAAGGGGUCCCGUCCUUUAUGCUGGCGAGGGAUACAGGCGCAAAGGACCUGGUUAACCUCUGUUGA